GAUCGACUUGGUCUCAGGUCACCAUAUCACUAGUUUAGACCUCACCAUGAACGCUUGUUUACUCCUUUUCGUUCUGGGCCUUGCUGCCACGUAUGUGGCGCCGAGUGCAGCGGACUUUGCAGAAUUGGAGGGCAAGAUUCAGGAACUACAAACUAGGAUAGAGAACCUUGUGGCCGGUAUUAUUCCUGGAGACGACGAUGAGAUAAUUGAGGCGGCACACCGUAGGAAGAGAAGUGGUAGCUACUACUACGCUGCUGCAAGAGGUCCACCAGGACCCAUGGGAUCCACUGGUGCUCCAGGAGCGCCAGGUUCCACCGGCGCUGCUGGUCCACAGGGAGCCACCGGCGCCCAGGGAGAAAAGGGAAGUCAAGGAGAGCACGGAGCCCCUGGAGUUCCCGGGUCCGAUGGACCUCACGGACCACAGGGAUACAGUGGUGAUGUCGGGGCCCCAGGACCCGCUGGCCCACCUGGCCCACAGGGAGAUCAGGGAUAUACUGGUUCCACUGGUGAAAGGGGAUUCCCUGGAAUGCCUGGAGAGGAAGGGCCCUCCGGACCUCAAGGACAGACGGGACAGGAUGGUCCAGCCGGUCCCCCGGGAGCGCCAGGAAUGGAUGGAGAGAAGGGUGAUCAGGGAGCAGAGGGAGCUCCUGGUGAAACUGGUUCAACUGGACCUAUGGGACCAAACGGACCAACCGGGCCACAAGGUCCACAGGGACCAAAUGGCUCACCAGGACCACAGGGAAGACAAGGAUAUCCAGGACCACGAGGGCCUGCAGGAUCACAGGGCGUAGCAGGACCACGUGGAUACACGGGCGCCGCAGCUGCACCGGUAUACGCAUAUAGGGCGCAGGCCCCUAAAUAUUACGCUGCACCAGCAGCGACUUACAAACAAGCUCCAGCUCAAGCCACUAAUAAGGGAUAUUAUACUAAGGAUGGUAAAUUGAGGAAGAAGAGACACAUUUACAUGGCUGGACCCGCAGGUCCACCCGGAAGUGUAGGAGCACCCGGACACCCAGGACAUCCAGGGACCGCUGGUCCAGCGGGGCCUACCGGCUACCCAGGUUAUACUGGAGAAAAGGGAGAUCAGGGCGCUGUAGGAGCUCCUGGACCGGUCGGCGAGCAUGGCCCUCAGGGACCCAAGGGGGAUACAGGUUCAGUAGGCGAGGUCGGGGCCGUCGGACCCCAGGGAUCCAAAGGACUGGUAGGAGGGCAGGGAGAGCAGGGAGAUGCUGGUGAACAGGGAAUGCCGGGACCACACGGACCCCAGGGAGAAGAGGGAGCUACAGGAAACAUGGGAUCACAAGGUUACCCCGGAAUCCAGGGAGAUAAGGGCCUCAUGGGGUAUACAGGGUACCCAGGAAUGGCUGGUGAGCCUGGAUCAAUGGGACCCCCAGGAGCAGUAGGUGAGCCAGGGCCAAUGGGAAACAGGGGCCCACAUGGACCUCAGGGAUCCAUGGGUGAACCGGGUAAACCUGGACGACAAGGACCCCAAGGUACACCGGGAAAGCGUGGAUACGCUGGAGCACCAGGGCCAGCAUACGCCGUUCAGUAUAGGAGCGCACAAGCUCCCCGGCCUGCCCCAUACAAAGGAUAAUUAAUUAAAAAUAUCUAAAUUAAUGUGAUCGAUAUUCCACUGUUUGUGUUAAAGAAAACAAGUUCCAUAUUCCAUCAAAUUAGUUCUGUAAAAUUUUGUUUUGUAUGUUUGAAUUCUUUCCAUCAGCGUCAUCCACUAUAAAUCAUGUUCGAAAUGGAAUAAUGUGAAGUAUUUAAAUCGAGAAAACAAGUACUUGUGAUGUGAAUAAAUAAAGUGGGUUUCU